AUGGCAACAAACAAGGAAACGACUCCUCCUUGGAAAACAACGGUUAUAGUCAGCACAUCUCUCCAGAAACAUGACAUUAACAGGAUGCUCAGCGCGCAACAGCACCGACUCAGAUUCUCAGACAGUGUUGAGUCCGGAGCCUUUAUCUUUCCUUUGUCAGGAACUGCAUUUCUGUUGGUUGACCCUCAAGACCUCCCAGAGCGUUUUGAGGAAUCAGGACUCAUGGAGAGGAUAAAGAAGUUUGUGCAAGUACACCGCAACAGCUUCCUACUUCUAUAUGCGCCAUUUAUUGGAAAAAGGGAAUUGGAAAUUUUGUCAGCGAUUCAGUGCAGGUUUUUGGGCAGCAAUCUCAAGAUUCUGCCUGUACGAAACAAUGCUGAGAUAGUCAAAGGAAUGUUAACGAUUGCCAAGGCCACCAGUAAGCCCCAUGCAGUCACUAUUCACGACCGGAUGUCUCUGGCUCAGGCUCACAUCGUUGAAAGCAGUCCUGUGUGGGAGAUGCUAAGAGACAUACUAUGAAGUUCAGCAGGUGAUCCAGCAUGUUCUCU